AUGGCAACACCGACAAACUCUAUAAAACUAUUUAUUUUAUGUGUGAUUUUAACAGAUGUAAGCCACAUAUCACAGACGACAAGGUAUUUCUUUAACUCAGAUCAUGCUACUAGCUCCAGAUUUGAAAAUCAAUUCGCUAUUAACCAAAGAAAAUUAGAUUAUUCCUGUACUGGAGCUGAACAACUCAAAUGUAACUGGACUUUUCAGGGAUUUCAAACAAAUGCCCUACAUCAACUAUUCUACCACACCCAGUAUACAAGGAGAAAUCUAGCAAUACCAAUUGACUUUCGUUUUUGUGUAAAAAUAUUGAUAAUUCAGCUUUCUGGAGACAUUGCCCUUAACCCAGGGCCCAUUAAAUUUCCCUGUGGAGGCUGCUACAGGCCUGUAGCUUCAAACCACCGUGCAGUGUACUGCGAGGCAUGCUACUUAUGGUGGCACAUCAAAUGUGCUGCUAUCUCAGCAAGUGAAUACGUCAAACUAAGUAACGACGACGAACCCUGGUUGUGCAGAAACUGUAACACGUUUCAUUUUAGUGACUCAUAUUUCGAACCGAACAUCAGCUUAGACUCUUCAAUUCAAUCGGAUUGUGAAGACAAUGACAUUCCAGCUAUUUUUGAUGAACUUAUAAAUAUUAAAAAAGAAAGUCCAAAUAAAUUCACAUGUGCAUAUAUAAAUAUUAAUAGUUUAAGGAACAAAUUCGACUUUUUAAAAGAAAUUCUUAUUAAAAAUAUUGUUGAUAUUCUAUUUAUUGCAGAAACAAAACUAGAUGGUUCUUUCCCGGAUGCACAAUGGCAGGUUAACGGAUAUCACUUAUGGCGAGCAGACAGAAAUGACAAAGGUGGUGGGAUUGCAGUGUACUUAAGGUCAGAUAUAGCUGGAGAUAGAAAAUCAAAUCUCGAAUUUACAGAUAUAGAAUCUAUAUUCAUAGAGGUAUAAAAAUGUAGCCAUUAUCCCUCAG